UUCUACACAGGGGAAAUGCUACUUCAGCAUUUCGCCCUACAGCGAACAAAGCGUGGAUCCGAUCAAAUUAGGAAACCAGCCUCACGAAGGAGCAGCCCAGAAGAUGCAAGGUGCCGGCUUCUUUGUCACAUGUCUGCUUUGCAUCUUUAAGAAAGGCAUGCCUUCGAAAGGCUGGUCCAUGCAUGUGCCGUCGGAGGUGACGGGUGAAAUUGGCAAGACCGUCACCUUGCCCUGUACUUUCACGCACCCCCACAACACGUACGCCAAGACCCUGACUGCCAUCUGGCGGGUGAAGGAGCCUUACAACGGGACGGUUGUUUUCAAGUGCAUCACUCACAGCUCAAGCGACCUCUGCAAAACCACGGUGGGCUUGAGGGACAGGUACAAGCUCUUGGGAAAGCCGAGGCAGAACGACCUCUCGCUCCAAAUUGACAACCUGACCUGGAACGACAGCAACAGAUACUUCUGCCGAGUGGAGUUCUCCGGGGACUUUCACGACAAGUACGAGAGCCGAAUGGGGAUCCGGAUCCGGCUCAUAGCUGCUCCCCGGAUUGUGAACAUCUCUGUCCAGAGCGGCCAGGAUCACGCCGUCCACGCAAAGUGCACAGCGGAAGGGGAACCGCUCCCCACCCUGACGUGGACCGGCCCUCUCUCCGGCAACAUGGCCUCGGUCUCAAGUCUGACCCACCAGACAACCAAGGAGCUUCUGCACCUGAACCAAGACGGAAAAUACACCUGCACGGCCGUGAACAGCCUCGGAAGAGCAGAAGGGGCCGUGUACUUCUACAAAUUCAAAGCUGGGAGCGGCUCCUGGGUCCUGAUCCUCUUGUUCGUAGCCUUGGGGAUUAAACUGUUGGCUUUGGUGGUGAUCCUAGGGUUCGGUACUUUCCGGAAGGGAGAUAGCUUAAUGGCCCAAAGUAGCCGAUCACGGCAGCAAACGCAAGAAUCGCCAUACGAAAACUUCACUUGCAGGAUCAACUCCGUAAGUCAAAGGCUGCCCGAGUGAAUCUAAAGGAGCCCGUGCGUUUUCAAGAUCCAAGACUACGCAGCUCUCUCCGUUUCUAUGGAAUGAAGUUGAGGUCUUGCACAAAGCACACCUGUCACGAAUGUUUUGAUAGAAAGUAACUGAAGUGGACACAGAGUUUCAGUUAUUGGGCGAUAUAGAAAUGAAAUGAAAUGAAAUAAAUAAAUAAUACAAUCCAGUAAUAACUUCU